AUGAUCGUCCGGUAAGUCCCGCCUUCUCCGCACAUAUUUUCUGCCCUUAUUCCGUAUCUGUGACUGUUUCGUCCUCUCCUCCUCAGCUACAAGCCGGAUCCGUCUGCAGAGGCCACAACGAAUGGGACAAACGUCUGUCUCCUCACACCAGCCAAACAGGCAAACAAUGUGGUCGGUGUCGAUGAGAAAACUGCGGCCUCUACGAUGGAAAAAAGUGUCAAGGAGGGUCACAUGCUGGAAUAUCUACAGCACCAACAACAGUCGCAGCCACCAGGUACGGCACUUUCUGCCUUAUUAUAAGUAAAUAGACAUCGUAUAUUUCAACCAACAGCGCUUUGCGACUGUUCGACCGUCGAUGUCGGCGAUGUUCACCGUGGGCUACACAGCUAGGUGCGACAGGCACGUUUAAUUGCGCAUGAAUUAGUUUAUAGUCACAGUAGGCUUUCGCAGCAUCUUCAUCACUUUAUCUCCCCCACUCUCCAGCUGGACCCGGUGUCAAGACAUAGUCAAGAAGACCGGAGGCGGAUGAGGGCGUAGGUGGUUGGUACGGUCGGACCCGCACCUAGGCGGGCGACCACAUCGCCUGGUUCACAACAUACACUUGACCAGGAUUUUUUCACCAACAACACUACACCAACAGGGAUCAGAAGGACAAGGAUGACUGGGCAGCCAUGUCCACUAUCUAUAUACCCAGCGGCGGCGCAAGCUAAUCUAGCGGCAGGGAACCAGGUGUCAGGGAACUGCCAGCACAUAGCAGACUGCGAAGGCAUAGCACAUGCUUUCAGACAUUUGAUCUAGAAGGGCGACACCUGGCCCUGCAUUUAGCCUGAGCCGUCAAUCUUCAAGGUUGAGUAACGAAACAGUCGUCUACUAAGAGGCACUACCCAUAAAGCACACACAAACACUCUCCUCACAUGUAUGAGAGUGUCACAGGUCGCUUGAGAAGGGGUCGUUACAGUCUGGCUCGCAGCCCACCAGUCCGCCACUCCACACAACACACACAACUGGGCAGACUGCGUGGACUGAGUUGGUUCCUCAGUCGUCUGCCUUCAGAACCACGGCGCUCGACGCACCGUCUUCGUCUCAGACUCCUAUCAUGCAUGCAGCUGGUGGGUCGCAUGGAGAAGGAGUCUAGGCGCGCACUUGCGUGGGAGGUGACAGUUGGGUGCUUGCAGUGGGUGAUGUUGAUAUGCGUCUAGAUGCGGGUGAUGGAGGAUGUGAUGGUGUGGUGCAGCCGGCGGUUAUCUAGCGCAGGUUUUCGUGGACGCGCCGAAUAGGACCAUGCAGUGCAUGAGUGUAAGAGGGCAGUGUGAACAGUGGAGGUGGAUGCGACGAGUGUAGGUUGGUGCUCCAGGCCCUGGUUCGGUAGUGUCUGCGCGAUGGAUUCGCAAGUGUCCGACCAUGCCGAUGUGUGAGAUGAAGGUGCGAUCGCAAGGAGGACAGGGUAUGGGCCGAGUCCUCAUCACUGGCGUUGACCGUGGUGGUGGUGGUGGUGGUGGUGGUGGUGGUGGUGGUGGUGGUGGUGGUGGUGGUGGUGGUGGUGGUGGUGGUUUUGUGGUGAUGUGUCAGGAUUGUGUGCACAAAGCCAAACAUUUACCUGCGGUCGAUAGUUGAACUCCAAUUGUUAUUUCCCUGUUUUCAGGCCAUACGGUGGGUAUUCCGUCGGUGGUUGAUCCCAUGGGCCAUGGCAGUUCCGCGGACGCGGCUAGCAGGGGGGCCACUGGGAGUAGCAUCAGUUCCGUCGUGUCCCUUCUGUCACCGGUGAAACACAGUGCUGCCUACUUCACGACGAGUCCCCUUUCCAACGCACCGCCUAUGCAGAGUCAGCUGUCUGACGUGAGUCGUGGAUAUUUUCCUGUUUUCAUUGGAUCCACUUUUAUUUCGUCUAUCUCUGUCGUGCCCACUUAACUGAUUUCAAGUCAUUGAUUUAGGAUAUACAUCACAUUCGGUGAUGGUAGGGUAUGUAACCCCCCUUGGAUAGUUGUUCAGAAAUCUGCCUUCUCAUCUAAUUCAGGCGGGCGUGGCUCGUAACCGUUACAUGAUGCGUGGAUUCUCACCCUCACUAGCUUUAAUGACAUUUAAGGCGCCCAUAUUAAGCUAAAAGUUAGGGCUAUGUUUGAGGUAAGAGUUAGUGUUAGGAGUUGGGUUACGCCUAGGGCUAGGGUUGUCAGUCCUGGACCAUGGUUUGGAUUUGGGGUUGAGACUGGGAUUGGAGUCUUGGUUUAGGGUUGGAGUUGUAGGAUUGGGACCGGGGUUAAGGUUGGAGUUUUACGAUUAGUGUUAGGGAUGUUAGGGUUAAGCUAAAGCUUGAGUUGGGGUUGCGGCUGCGUUCGUGUUUGACUUAAGUGUUUACGGGUUAGGAACUAGGGCUACCCGCGGCUGCCGUUAGAGCUGCAGUUGACCACGGCUUUCCCAGUGGGGUUACAUACUAUACCCUUACCUAUCACACUUGUUGCCACUUGUCCAAUCAGAACGCUGCCUGCAUUCUCAUUGUUUUUGCUGGUCUCAAAUCACUUUUUACCCGCAUGCUUGCUCCUGGCUUACUCUGGCUGGCUAUCAUUCAUAAUCCAAUCUUUUGUAGCAGCGGUCUAGAAGAACUCCAGAAGAAUGCCGCGAUUCGGUUAGUUCGCGGAGUUGCAAUACUACCUUGAACAUUCUGCACAUUCGUAUCUCGAGUUCCUUCAUUCAAUCUACUGAAUUCCUCGCACCUGUAAAGGUCUAGGUUAUAUGGGUUUUGAACCACUUUUGUCUCUGUUUCUCCGUGCUUCGUCGUCUUGUCGGUAAGGAGGAUGGUCACUGAUGGGAGAUAGGGGGUCUUUGGGUCCCACGGGUUAGCUACCCAAUAAUUUUCUGCGUUUCAGCGACCAGUGGUGCUUAUCAGGCGAACUGACCAGUGAAACGUCUUACUGUCUAAUAAGCAAGCUGUCGUAUAGUUCACGACCACUUAUACAUCCAGCCCCACAAAUUCAAGUCCACUUGUUCUUGACCGCAGUUUUGCUUAGACCGACCAGGUCAUUGUAUUACGGCGUAAAAAAGAGGCAAUGUUUAAUGUGGACAAGAUAUUAUCACAAAGUGGUAAUAAGGAUGGUCAAAGGAUGGCCGUCCGACGCUUAUUGGACCACCUAAUGUGUCAGCCUUUCUGCGCAUCUGAAGUUGGUUUGUGGUGCAAUGUAGACGCUACGUUGUGUUCAGCUCUUAGUGGCUGUCACCCUCUACUAAUAGAGUGUCGACAACCCUAUGAUCAAUGCUCAUGACUCGAUUUGUUCGUAAAAUUGACGAGUAUAGAUUUCGCGGACGAGCUUUCUGCAUUCCGUAGCCUGGAUUCUAGAUAAGUCGGACGAUGCCCAGUGAGACCGAAAAGUCGAUCGCCGCUUUCUAAAAGUGCCGGAAGGAGGAGGAACCAGACUUCUCAGGGGAAAAGAGCAGUACUACGUAAUGUAGCUCCAAGGAACAGUAGCAUAUAUGCAAUCAAGCAAGAUUUGGCGUUGGAGAUUUCAAAGACACUGCAAUUCACUGGAUCAUAAAGUGUUCGUCUCUGUGUUUAUCAGAAGCUUAGACGACUAAUUCAGUUGACGAAGUAUCACAAGGCACAACCAAUACGCUGAUCUGGGGAUCACGCCAUCUGAACGGAUCAGUGGCAUUGGGUGACCUUCUCCAACGAAGAGGGAUUUAAUUUGGAUGGUCCGUACGGUUGGAACCAUUUCUGACACGCUAUACCCGUAAAGAACCGGAUAGCUGUAAACGCCAACCCAACGCCUGCCCCUGCUGAAGAUGUCGGCUGGGAAAGUCGAGGUAAUGACGUCCGUUAGACGGGUGAAGCACUCCUUGCCAUGCUCGUAAGCCGUGUCUGUAUGGCCAUAGCCUUGCUGUUAUAUCCCAGUUCCAGCUCAAGACGUAACAUCUUCUUCGGUUCCGUGGAGAUCACUUCCCUUCAUUCAUUCCCAUCCAUCGUGCGUACUGGUAAAUGCUAAUUUCCUUGGUAGGGGACGCUCACCGAUCGUUCAUACGGAACGAGUGAGUUCCGUAAAAACGAUCGGUGAGCGCGCCCCCCCCCCCCCCUACCAUUGUAUAUUCCCGAUGGAAAACCGACAUGGCAACGGGCUCGUGGCCCAGUGGUUAGAGGCGUGGAUAUAUAACAGGUCGAGAGUUCGAGGCUCGGGUGUUCAACACUUCGGGCUUGGGUAUGGCUGGCUGACGACGGCUAAUAAGCCAGAAAUGGCCAUUGCAGUCUCCCUUGUCUUUGUCGGUAAUAAAAUACUGCUAAUUUCCUUCUUUAUGACUCCUGGCGUUUUCCAUUCACUCCACCCAGGGAGCAGUUUUCCCUACCUGACUACUAUUACACUGACAUUUUUGUCUGGUCUCUUUGUAGGUGAGCCGGUACACGUACCCUCCGCCGGACCCCUGUCGACCAGUCAUGGUGGCCCAGCCGGGUGGCCUGCCCGGAUACCAGCCAACCUGUCCGCCACCUCCAGGCACCGCUGCCUUCUAUACGGGCGGUGCCGGAGGAUACGCCCAGCCGACACCACACGAUGCUGUGCCUCUCAACUACUGUCCGACUGGAGGCAACUUCAUCCGCGCCAACCUGCCUCCGGUGCCUUUCCUUGCCAGGCCCACUGAUGGCGAUGGUGUUGUCCGAUCCGGGCCCCGAAUCGAUCUCGGUGCUGGGGGUCAGUCCACCUCAAAGCCUCGCCUUAUCUUGCUGCUAUGCCAGGGCCUGCUUUAGUGACUGCGUUUUCAGGUCGCUGGCCAGGUAGCAAUGUGAGCGUAGGGAGACUGAAGCGACUCUAAGGACGAUCCGCUAGUUGUUGCGGUUGCGUUCCCUUCUGUAGUGGCGAAGUGUACAGACGAGGACCUAUGGGAUUUGAACUCAUCGCUGCAAACUUCAUCGAAAGUACCGCGUAAUGUCUCGCUGCCAAGGUGUAGGACCGGUGUAGCCCCAGAUGACCAAAAUUAAAAAAAUACGUGGAUAGAUAAGGAUCAAGAUGCAUUCGGAUCAUAUACAGUGAGUGGCCGAUCUUAUGAAAUGUUGGCUGAAAUUCUGAAAUGCGUUUUUGGUUAAUGAGGAUUGUGUAGGCACAGUUGUAAUAAUGAUUAUCUUUCGGCAUAGUCCUAUAAUAUUUUCGGACUCGGCAGGAUGUCAGUUUUUAGAUGCACUGCUUUUCUAUCUGUAGAAACCGUACUCGGUAAAAAAAAUGACUAUUUAAGUAGCAUGAAUUUUUUGCUAUGAUUUUCGGCGUUCUUGAAAAUUCAAACAUGUUUUAUAGCAGUUACGAAUAAAAAUAUGCUUUCUUUCAGUCGUUUAAUAGAGAAUCACGUCAUCUUUAUAUUUUAUACUCAAAGAAGGACUAUAACUAGGUUUUAAAAAGUUUCUAAUUGUGUGAUUUUUUGAGACCGCACAAUGUCCAUUCAUGCAGCGUCGUUCCUGUCCGUUUACCACUGCUCGUCAUGAAAUGUACAGCAUAGUCCACAUCCAUUGCGAAAUUGUAUAGAUUCCAUAUAAUAUCUUUUUAAUGACAUGGAAGAAUAUGUGAUUUUUUUACGCGGAACGCAUGCCCCCUGUAGACUGAAAUCACUAAGCGCUAAUGCAAGCACUGAUCAGACUCCAAAUUAUUCGGCAAUUAGAAAAGUUUUUUAAAACCUAAUUAUAAUUCUUUCUCGAAUACAAAAUAUAAAGAAGACGUAAUUUUCUAUUAAACGACUGAAAGAAAGCAUAUUUUUGUUUAUGGUUUCUAUGAGAUAUACCUGAAUUCGCAAGGCCAUCGAAAAUCAGUGUGAAAGAUGCGUGCUACUUAAGUAGUCAUUGUUUUACAGAGUAUGGUUUCUACAGGAGAUUGAAAAGCAGUGCAUUCAAAAGCUGACAUCUUGUUGAGUCCGAAAUAUCAUAGGAUUGUGCCGCAUAAUAAUUAGUUUUGUAACCGCAUCUAAGUAAUCCUUCCAAAUCGAAAACGCAUUUCAUAAUUUCAGCCAACAUUUCAUUAAAUCGGUCACUCACUGUACAAAUAUAUGCCUAAUUGAAGUGAAGAUGCCGUUCCGGCACAUAAGAAAAGGCGAUCUCGGAAACCAUCAUUGUUUUGUUCUGACGUUUCCAAAACAUGCAAGCUUCUGUCGUUGGGGGUGAGUAUCGUACCGCACCCCACAGUAUUUACGGGGGUUUCUAUCAUGUGAACACGGCGUUAGCAGUCGGAGCGACAGGAAGAGGUGGAUGGGAGUCGUUAACCAUCAUACUUCCUGUUAGUGUUUUGUGUCUAGUGUUCAUCGCCCACAUACGCGCAGGGAUCAGUUCCGUAGCCGAAAGGGGGGGGGAAGGAGGGUGGCGGAAUGUUGUCAAUCCGCCUGCCUCUCGUUUGUGGCCGGCGUCCGGACGUUGGCGGCAAUCACCCGUAUUCACACUGACCUUGGUUGUGGCCCCGGCGGCUAGUCUUGUUUGCGUCCCCUGAACUGUCAUUUGCCUCGUCUGUGGCAAUGUUGACGACUGCGCCUUCGCCCUAUCCAGGCUGCAGUGCAGUGACGUGCGUGUCCGGCGUAGGCUCCCACGUGUUUGGAUUUCUGUUUGGUCUAUUUUCGCAUCUGCUCUGUCCUUCGUUGAGCCGGAGGGCUGCAGAAAGAGCCACCCAACGAAAAUUCUCCCCGUGUCGAUUGCUAUCCUGGAUACGCGGUCGUUUCCGCGCCUUGGAAAUUUGGCAUGACGGGAAGCGAAUGUGUGUCCAGAAUCGGUGUACUUGCUGAGCUAUCAUUUUUUGUCAGUUUAGGACUUAAAUUGCCACUAUUGCAACCGCGCACCAGCUAUUUUCUACCCUCGGGCAAAGAUCUCACGAGUUUCUGAGUGUUUCGUUUAAAAAAUUUCUAUGGAAGCACCGAUAAAGCCUCUUCAUUCAUCUUCUCUUCUCAGACUCCAAAGCUCUAAGAUAUGACCUCCGACCAUUUUGAUCAAUUAUAGUGCUGUAAUCCGUGUUGUGAUCUUACAUACUGACAGUCCUGACAUCUUUAUGUCACUGACUGCGCAUGUCUUCUUGUAGAAAACGAGGACACCUACCUGCAGCAUCCUGGGGUGCCCCUAACUCGGGCCCACGGCACUUUGUCUGGACCCGGUGUCACCGCCUCAGAUCUCAUUUCAGAAACGAGUUCUGGUGAGUUUGUUUUCGCCACUAGCUUCAAUCUUGCCGAGCUUACUGUGUUUGCGAUUGGGCAAGGCUCUAUUACACUAUCGGGACCCUAGACAUGCAGAGGUAGGCGUGUGUAAUACGGCAGCCGUGGUAAUAGGAGUUUUACACGUGGGGAAGGAGGCAAAAAGAGGAAAAGUCAGCCACUGACGCUUUUCUGCCAAUGCGUAACCCAGAAAAUACAACAGUUGUUUGAGUGAAUAAAAAUCGUAAUGUAACGACCGCGCAAUUUAAAAAAAUGAGUAAGCUAACCCGAAAACCAAACGACGCCUAAAAAGAAUGAUUAGACGGUCAGGGUCACUGAAACUGAACUGAAUAAGGUGAUAACCAAUGGGAAUGGCCUGGGACACCAAUGCCGUAGAAAGUGGGUGCCAAACGAGCAUGGUAAAGAGUAGACCAAGCAGGUACCCGAGAAGUGCGAUUAUAAGUUAAGAAAAAGAAAAGGUGUGCAAAUUUAAUGAGAAUGGGGAAAAAUCCAAACAGCGUUGCGGAAAGGAUUGAAAGUGAAAUUUAAGCUAUUGAAUCAUAGCAAAAAUGACAAUAUUUUGACGAAAAUAUCUUAAAAGUCUCGGUAUGUACCGAAGGGAUAUGAAAAUAUUUAGCAACAUUAAAUCGACCCUAACCUUAAUGCCAAAACUAACCCAAACCCUGGCCUUAACUCUAUCUCUGGCUGUCAUGCUAACCAUAGCCCUAACCUUGACCCUAGUCCAAAACCUAAUUCUAACAGUAACCAUGACUGAAGGCCUAACCAUAUACCUAAAUCCAACUCCAAGUCUAAUAUUCAAAGUCUGGCAAUGUCCGAAACACCAACCCAAAAUACCUUAACGCUAACCCUAACCAUAAACUUUAAUUCCAACCCUAAUCCUAACUCCGACUUUAAAUCAAACCCUAAUCCUAGACGUAGCACACACCUAACCCGAAACCUAGCACAAACCCUAGCCCAAAACUCACUCACAAGCCGGACAAUAGGGCAGACUCUAACCCAAAACCUAGCACUAACCCUAACGCCAAAGUCCUUUCGAGUCCGCCUUGAAAUUAACCCACAUUCCAAAACGCCCAUCAAACCGGCGAAAGCAAUCCUAGCAUAACCGCGAGCCUAAAGAUAAGCCGAAAGGUAGUCCUCAUAUUAGGACUAAGAAUAAACCUAAUUCUAACCCUACAGCUAGAAAUCAACCCGAAGCUAUCCCCAAAAACCUUAGGGCAAGCCUUUAAUGUUACAAUGAUCCUAACCGCAACUCACGAAAGCCAGGCGGAGACAAAAAAAUAAAUGUUAACCGCCUACUGAAAUCAAUUAUAGUACGAAGAUAAUAACACAACAACAAACCCGGACAACGUAAUAGGGCCCCACCUCCGAUUGUUUGUCUCAUGACUGGGUUUCCUCCGCCUAAACGUUACGACGCAUAUACCGGCAAGUAAAACAAGGCAAAUCAGAUAUCAUGGGGUUAUCUUGUAACUCUUCCGAAAGUCACUCUCUUCUUCUUUUCGCCUUGUAGGCCUCCUCUCGUCUGCCUUUGGUGCCGGCCAUCCCGUCUUCCAGAGCACUGGCGGUUUCAAUCCUUCUGAGGGCUCGGGGACUGCUAAUGCCUACUUCGGCGAAUCCUCCACAGUCUCCUCCACCUCCAACUCCUCGCAUCGCUUCGGCUCUCUACCGCCGACCUGUGCCACGGGGCUCCCUCCCAUGGCCCAGCCUCCACCAUUACCGAUGCAUCAAUCCGCCCGGAAGGCAAGCCUGGGUGCUGGUGCCGGUCGUAUUCUCUCCACUCAGAAGGAGACUGACUCCGAAGCCCCCGCCCCCCAUCAGAAACCACAGCAGCAGCAGCAGCAGCAGCAAAGAUUGUCAGUUAAGAGGACCGGUCCGUCUUCUGAGUCCAAGGCCUCCACACCGCGGAAGAACGCCUCCACGAAGAUGACCAAGUCCACCUCUGCGAACAUGCCGGUACGCGUCUCUAUCCAUUUGCCAUUGCUGCAUUCGAUGUUGUUAAGGGGACACCUCCCUAUGUACGUGCGUAUGUUUGUGUCUCUUAUUCCAAAGUAGUAGUCAGUGUCAUGACCGCAGCUAGCUCUCGAUGCUGAGACACCAGACACCGUUCUUUUUUGAAGUCCUGAGCCUCUCUCUAUAGCUGAAAGUAGCUGCAGUAGAAGUGCUAGUAGUAGCAGUAGUAGACGUUUUACUGGUGGGGAAAGAAGUAGUAAUGGAAGCAGUAGUAGUUCUGGUAGCCGCGGUAGUAGUAGUAGUUGUUGUUGUAUUAAUGGUAGUAGUAGUAGUAGUAGUAGUAGUAGUAGUAGUAGUAGUAGUGGUAGUAGUAGUAGUAGUAGUAGUAGUAGUAGUAGUUCGACCGUCGUAGCCGGCGAUGUCCACCCGGUGACUUGCGCGUGUAUUAGUUUAGUAAGAGUAGACUUGCGCUGCAUCUGCGCACUCCUCCACCUGCACCCGGUGUGAAGAGGGAGUCUAGAAGACGGGAGACAGGCGAGGAUUCAGGCGGAUGGCGCGGCCGAGCCCGCACCUUGGCGCUCCACUCUACAAUUCCUGGUCCACACAACAAUUGAUCCGGAUUUUAAUCGACAACAAUACCACGACGGGUCGGAAGGAGGAGGAUGAUUGGGCAGGUAUGCACACGCCCUACACACCCAACAGGAGCACAAGUACAUCUACCAGCAGGGAACAGCAAAUUGUUGGAGAACUUUCAGCGCAUACCAGGCGGCGAGGACCAUGGUUUGCUGGUUCUGGCAUGGGAGGCCCUUACAGACUUUUAGCCCCGGUAUAGCUAGUAGUCGACUGAAAGACGCUUUGACGAAAUUUGUAGUCCUCGGUCUUCACUUCUAUCGGAGUUCUCUUUUUGAUGGUUAUCUGCACAAAACUUUUACAACGCCCUGUGAACGAAUGUCAGUGCGCACCUGGGAUCGGGAGCUUCCUGCUGGAAUGUCGGGUUCGUAUCACGUAUUAUUUCUCUAGAGGCGAUUCUUGAUAUUCCAUAAAAGUGCCUGAACCGUUUCACGUUGCACUGACCUCUAAACCAGCUGCUAACGCAGUUUACAUGCUUCUCGGGUUUUCGUUUGCACCUUCCCUCCGCUCACUAGAUGUGACGCCGCCGGAUUACUUUCCUAAACCGCGCCUAAUUUUUUUUCUGCACAGAAAGCGAUCAGCACUGAGGAACUGACCCAAGAGAUGGCCAACCUAGACGGUCUCAUGAAGGACCUCUCGCUUAUCACUCAGAACGAAUUCGGCUGUUAA